AUGUCCUUAAAGUUUUACAUCAUCUUUGUUUCUGUUCUUUUAAUGGCGUUUUCAGCCUGGACUGCUCCAGUUGCUAAUGAUAGUGGCUUAAUUGAUGUGAAAAGUCUUAAAAAAAAUGCCACCAGGCGUGAUACCUAUCCUAAUCAAGAAUCUUCAAGUGGCUUUUACAAGAUGGCUGAUCUUAAAAACAAAAGGGGGGAAUCUUCUGAAAAUGAAAUUAAUGAACUUUCUAAAUGCGAUGAUGCUGAUGAGCACAAACUCUCCAAACGGGCCCU